AUGGCUCCGGUACCACUAGAAGGUCACCAAACACCUAUAAGCAACAAUGUAGGCCAAGAAGGUAGUGCCAGAGGUGGCAAUAUAUCCUUGGGUGUUUUGAUUGAAUUUAUCGUACAAAGGACCUAUCAUGAGCUCACUGUGCUUGCAGAACUACUUCCUCGAAAAACAGAUAUGGAAAGAAAGGUUGAAAUAUUCAAUUUUUCAGUUCGAACAAGACAGUUAUUUGUUAGAUUGCUUGCUCUGGUUAAAUGGGCUAAUUCCGCCUCUAAAGUGGACAAAUCAGCUCAUAUUAUGGCAUUUUUGGACAAACAAUCCAUGUUGUUUGUCGAAACAGCUGACAUGCUUGCCAGAAUGUCACGUGAAACUUUGGUCCACGCCAGACUUCCAAAUUUUCACAUACCUGCAGCUGUUGAAGUCCUGACGACUGGAACAUACUCCAGAUUGCCAUCUUGUAUCAGGGACAAAAUUGUACCUCCUGAUCCUAUUACUCCUGUGGAGAAAAAAACUACACUUCAACGUCUGAAUCAGGUUAUUCAACAUCGCCUGGUUACUGGCAAUCUGUUACCACAAAUGAGGAAUUUAAAGAUUGAAGCCGGACGUGUUACCUUCCAUGUUGACCAUGAGUUCGAAGUAAGUCUUACUGUGAUGGGCGAUUGCCCAAAUAUACCCUGGAGACUUCUUGAUAUUGACAUUUUAGUCGAAGAUAAGGAGACUGGAGAUGGAAAAGCACUUGUCCAUUCCCUUCAAGUCCAUUAUAUACAUCAAGUGCUCCAGGCGAGGCUCCAAGAUCAUCCGAAUCCUCUUCAUGAGGUGUAUUCGUUCUUACAUUACUUCUGCCAGUCCCUGCAACUUGAGGUACUUUAUUCACAAACAAUGAGGCUUUGUAUGGAUAGAUUGGAUGGGUAUAUACACGUUGAUGAAUAUAUUCCUGGAAAGUCAUUAACUGUCUCUUAUUGGAGGGAGCUGACCAGUAAAGAUCCGAGAUCCGAAUUAGGUUACCGCUUGAUAAUGCGAGUAGAUGAUCGGAACCCAGCGAGGCCAUUGUCAAUCACUCAUAUUCCGAACCUGGGCGUCGCUGAGAGCAAGCUGGCUGAUAGAGCUGUUAGAUCUGAGCUGCUGUCGAUUGAAAGGUUACUUGUGCACACUAUUCACCUCAGGACGAAACAACGUCUCAAUGAUCUAAAAGCUGAGCUACAGACGAUGCUCAAAGAUGUUGAGUGUACAGUAGCUGGUUCACCUGCAGUAUUAUCUGUAACUGUCGUGCAGCCGUCGAUGCGUGCGGAAUCCCUUCUGAUCACUGUUGAUACCCAUACCGGAAUGCUGCAAGCGCACGUUCCUAAGUACGACCCACCACUUUUAACAGAGCUCGAGGCUGCUUUGAAUUCCGACAGGACGCGGUUAACUCCUCUGAUAUCUGAUCUGAGGUAUUGGAUUACGCAGAGACGUUGUGAGAAAACUCUGCAGCAUCUCCCGGCAACACCUCACGAGCGCCUUCCGCUCCUCCACUACCCUGAUCAUCCUCUCUCGAAGAUAGGUAGGCACAGAAUGUUCAUACGCCUUCACAGACACAGGAACACCGUACUCAUAGUUGAAAUGAAAGAAAAGGAAACCAGUCCGACAGAAAUGGAUUAUACAUUUUACUUGGCUGUCGUGAAGCAGUCAUCCAUCGAAGACGAUCCACAUGAUGACUCCAUCGAGACUGAAAUACCUAAAAUGUAUUUAAAAGUUCUGACUUUGAUUGAAUUUGAUUCUUUUGUAACUACUCAUGGGCCCUUCACUCCAGUUGAUGAUCACGAAAAAGGAGGAAAGAGAAAAUUGGGUUGGAAAGUUGAUCUUCCGAGCAAAGCCCUGAAGCCAGCAUACUUCAUACCCGAACUAGCACAUGUUGUUGCCCUCUGCGAUGAGAGAAUUCCGUUUGUCACUUUGUCACAAGAACUCUCAAGAAGGGAAAUCGCACAUCAAGGGCUGCAAGUGGAAGCUAAUGCCACAGCUUUAGGCUUGAAGCUUGUGCAGUUACCUCCGCCGUCAGGAGUAGAUAGAGCUGCGGCGGCUCGCCUCUCUAGAUUAGUCCUUUCCGUCACGGUGCGCGCUCACUGUCCAAAAGGCACAUCUAAAAGUUGGGUUGUUGAGUUUGUUCUUUUCGGUAGUCCUCUGCCUACUCAGCAUCCAAAGGAACAAGGAAUGAGAAGACCAGUAUAUUUUCAGUAUGAUAUGCUCCCUGCCGAACAGGUUGGUAAGACAGUUGAUGCGCUGCUGAGCGAUUGGGCUCAGAUCGUACACCUUUACAUACUUGUUGAAGAUUUAGCUGAAUAUUUUAGAAUGCCUAAGUACAAUAUUUCAUCUGUAGUCACCGUCAAAUCGUACAGCUACAGCAAACUUGUGCUCGGUUAUGGACCAGACAGGGCAGCAACUGUAACAGUUCAAUGGAAUCCAUCCAAUAAGGCAUAUACGCUUGUUUUUGGCGGAGGAGGGAACUGUAUGAGCGCUCACACUAUAAUGAGAGAACAACUCGAGGGGGAACUGAACAGGGAGAAGAAUCUUGUCCAGCUGAUUCAGUUGCUCAACGACACCUACGCUCCUCUCGUAUCGAUCAGCAAGUUGCCUGCCAUACCGCAACUUGGAGUCCAUAAUGCUCGUCCUCAAAUUCCAGUUCAGACUUUCACAGUAAUUGCAGAAUCUACGACAGUUAUCAGGGUGGCAUACCUGAGCCUCUAUUGCCUUGAGAUCAGAUUACGAGGCGGUGGAUUGGUGGCCAUUCGAGACGCAGCUUAUUCUAGGUUCGAUAGAGCGUCUGUCCUCAAUGAAUUCACCCCUACACCAGGCCUUAAGGCCUUCCUUAGUAAAUACGUAGACGAAACAGUUGUGUACCGUCGAAGAUCGCAGUCUGAAGAUGACAAUCCUCCCUCCCCAGUCGCUUUGGAAUCGGGAGAAGGAGGAGGCUUCCUGGGAGUUGUGCGAGGCCCGCAGUCGCCAGCGAGGGAGAGCUCAGGCCUCAGGUUCCACCCGCCGUUGACUCCGCCUAGCAACCCUCAUACUCCCGCCAGUCCUCACACAGCAAAUAUAUCACAGGGUCCACAGCAUCAGAGCUUCGGUUCAUCGCCUGCUACUUCGUUCAACUUGGCUUCUCCACCGUCCCUUCCUCCUAACAUCAACCCUUCUCCUUCUAUGCUCCCGCACCCGUCUCCUAGUUCCGGCUUUCUAGCAAAUUCUCCAUCGACGAUGCCUACUCCGUCUCCUAUGCCUAUUUCAAGUCCAGGUCCGCUAGGUCAUUCUCCGGCUGCUGCUACUCUUAUGUCACACACAGGACAUACCGACGGCAGCCCUUUUCCAUCAAGCCAGGGAAUGGCCUCGCCCGGAGCUUCCAAUUGGCCCAGCUCCCCCGGGCUUCCUAGGCCCUCUCCGAGGCAAGGCUCGCACCACGGAAUCCACAGCCCUACAGAUCCUAAAACGGGAGGAGUGCAGAGGGUAUUACCACAAAGAUCGUGGGCCGGAGCUGUUCCUACGUUGAUAUCUCACGAGGCUCUCGAUAUAUUGUGCACGCCAUCCGCGCACCCGCAAGGUCUGCCGGGUCCUGAGUUGGCUCCCCUUGAGAGGUUCCUUGGUUGCGUUUACAUGAGGCGCCAGCUUCAGAGGUUCAUCCAGAAUGAUGAAUGUUUGACAAGUAUUCCUACAAACGAACCCGGAGUGGUUCAUUUCAAAGUCGAGACACUUCAGUGCCGUGUAGGCCUCAAUUUACAACAUCUCGAGAGCCUCCACAUCAACAUUACCCCUUUGCCUGAACACAAAGAUACCUGGUCAGCAGAAGAGCUCCAGGUAUUAGAAACUUUCUUCGAAACGAAGGCAGCAGCUCCUCCGUAUAAACACACUGCUCUUUCUGGAUUCGGAAAAAUGUUGAAUGUUCCUCAAAAUGUUUUGAAGGAUUUUAUUCAAAUCAUGAAAUUAGAACUGUAUCCCGGCUUGAUCCAGCAACAGCAGCUGAAGUGGUCCGUCCAGUGGUGCCUGCGAAUACCUCCCGCUGCUGCCCCCAUCGUCCCCACGGGUCAGGCGGCGGUCAUCGUCUGCCGGCAAAAGAUUCUUUUCUUUCUUCAGCUUACAAGAAUCGGCUACAUGGAGCCCAUGUCGCUGGUGUUACCACUGGUGUAUGAUAUCUCCAACAAUAUGACCCAGCUGGCCGAGAAGCGUGAUCCUGGUUCAGGUUCAGCAAUCACCGCUGCCUCUAUGCUCCUCAAGAGGUUCCUAGACUGUACCAAUCUUCACUCGGAGUGUUCCUUGUUUCCAGCCGUCCGGGACCUAUUGGCAAACUUGACACUUCCAUCUGAAAAUCAGGUGGUGGCAUCUUCACCAGUCGGCGUGAUGAUGGGUCAGGGGCAGAUGCAGUCUCCAGCGUCGAUGAUGCACUCUCCGAUCGCCGGCCAGUACCCCCCUCAAGUGAUGAACGGACCACAUCCGAUGAUGGCCCCUCAGUGA